AUGCCAUUCUUCAGUUUGCCGACCGAGCUUGUCCUUCAGGUGUCCGAGGAACUCUCGGCGCCCAAUCUGAACGCUCUUCUAAGGGUGAACCGCUACCUUGCACUCCUCCUAGCACCCGUUCUUAGGAAGAAGAUAUUUAGUCUACGUUCCACUGAAUACGGCACGCGUGCACUCUAUUCCGCGGCUGAACGUGAGGAUGAAGCCGCUCUCCAGUGUCUCCUGGACGAGGGGAUCCUCAGCUUUGUGGGCAACGGAGCACUGCUGAGCGACGCAGUGGUAUCCCAGAGUCCGACAGCCAUUCGCACACUAUUGCGUUGUGGAGUCGAUUCAGAGUGCCGGGACACUCGCGGUUGUACGCCGCUAUACCGCGCCUCACAGUUCGGACGGACGGAGGUUGUGGAGCUGUUGCUGGCACGGAAGAAUGUGGACUUCAAUCCGAACGAGAAGGUCCUGAUUGGGAUAGGUGGCUUUUUGGAGUGGGGUAAUCCACUGCACGCUGCAUCUAGGAAUGGCCGUGCAGGGGUCGUUCGGGCUCUCCUCCGGGAUGAGAGAGUCAGUCUCAGUGUGACCAUAGGGGUAGGGAAAACGCCGCUACAUAGCGCUGUGAGCACGGGGAGUGCAUCUGAAGCUGUGAUGCGGCUCCUGCUUGCUGAUGGGGGGGUCGAUAUCAACGCUCCUGAUUCCCAAGGCGUGACGGCAUUGGGCUUGGCGGCGCGGUAUGGGAAUAUCGUCGGGUUGCGGACUCUGUUGGAUGAUCGCAGGACUGAUGUCAAUUUUCCGGAUUUUUAUGGUCGAACACCACUGCACUUUGCUGUUAGGUGGGGUUCCCGGGAUACCAUACGCUUGCUAUUGAGGGAUGAGAGGGUCGAGGUGAAUGUGCGCGGCCCGGGGGGCAGGACACCACUUCAUGUUGCGACAAUUGAGGAUUGCGAAGCGACAGUGAGGCUAUUGCUGGGAGAUGAGAGGAUUGAGGCCGAUCCUAGGGACAAGGAUGGCAGGACACCGCUGAAUUCGUCGGCGUGCUACGGGUACACGACAGCGGCGCGAGCUUUGCUGAGAGACCGCAGAGUUGACAUUAACUCCAGUGACGAGGACGGUCGGACACCGUUACAUUGUGCUGUUCGGGCAGGAUUUUCAGAUAUCGUUCGAUUAUUGUUGAAGAACGAUAGAAUAGACGUUAAUCCAAAGGACAAAAGAGGUCGCACACCAUUACACAUGCAGCGGGGACACAUUGGACCUCGGAACCAUGGGUGGUCUUGGGAUCGGCGGAACAAGGAGGUGGCGGUCAAGCUUCUGCUAGCGGAUGGAAGGUUAAACGUUAAUGCGCGCGACUGGUACGGAAUGGCGCCGCUGGGUCUGUCGGUAUGGACACUACGCACCGAAUUGGCGCAGAUCCUACUCGGCGACAGCAGAGUCGACGUUAGUGCCUCGGAUGCCGAGGGUAGCGCCAUACUACAUCUAGCUGUUGGUUGCCAGCGUGGAGACCUGGCUGUCCGUCAAGAAAGGAUGGUCAAACAUCUCCUAGCGGACGGUAGGAUUGAUGUGAAUUGCCUCGACGGUAACUGCCGGACCCCGCUGCAUUGUGCUGUGUGGGAUGGCCCAACGGCGGUGGUGAAGCUCCUAGCGGAUGAUAGUAGAGUGGAUGUUAAUCGGGCAGACAUGGACGGCAACACGCCAUUACAUCUUGCCAUCACCAGGUCGGACGAGGAUGAGCGGCUCGGCUCGGUACAGGCUCUACUCGGGAAUCCUAGAACUAGCACAAAUCUACGGGACUGCAACGGCGACACACCAUUGCACAUCACCGCCAGAAUGGGGGGUGAGAAGGUUGUACAGAUGCUACUCUCGCGGGGGGGUACCAGCCUCGAUAUCAGGAAUAACAAUGGGCGUUCAGUUAUGGAUUCAUUGCGGAGCUACUCUGUCGCUGUUCAAGAAGCUAUCGCGUAG